GUUUCUGAAUGGGUCUUGGUAUGGAUUGUGUUCCUUUUCAGAUUUUGUGUCAAUUUUCAUGAUUUUAUUUGCAACACAACAGUGUUUUUGUUUUCUUAAUUAUUAAUGAAUGUGUGUUCUUUUAAAUAUAAGGGCCUACAUCAGGGCUAUUCAAUUAGAAUUUCAUCUGGGCCACAUUUCGAAACCAAGAACUGCAGUCGGGCCACACAUUUUCAGACAUCACGACCACUGAAAUGACACUUAAAAUCAGUAGUCCACAAACAAAUUUUAAACAUGUUCCUCUAACCUAAAACUUAACCACAUUGAAUGUGAAUGUAUAAGACAAGCAGAAGAUUCACAAGCAAAUAAUGUGUAGUACUGCAGUAACAAAACUGAAAUGUACACUGCUUCAGUUGGAGGCCAUGUCUGGGCCGCAUGUGGACUGCAUCUGGGCCGCAUGUGGCCCUCGGGCCUUCAAUUGAAUAGCCCUGGCCUACAUUAACAUGAGCCCCUAUAUGUGUUUACCCCCUCAACACAGAGCAUAUAGUUAUAACCCUACUGUCACCAAAAUUGUAAUGGCUAUGUUGUAAUAUGUAAUUGUAUCAGAUGCACUGAAAAGGAAAAGGAAAAUGGCACAGAACAAUUUUCCGAAAGGACAAAUAAACUAUCUAUCUAUCUAUCUAUCUAUCUAUCUAUCUAUCUAUCUAUCUAUCUAUCUAUCUAUCUAUCUAUCUAUCUAUCUAUCUAUCUAUCUAUCUAUCUAUUACUUAAGGCUCUUGGUACUGUCAUAGCAAUGUAGUUAUGAUGUAGUUGAGUUCAGUAAAUAGUGAAUAAGUCCGCUGGCGACCUCAUCUGCAGUAAGAGACUACAGUUUACAUUUGUGUGAAAACCAUCAGGAACUCAAAUGACUAUCACCAGAAAACAAAUCCACCAAAAAAAUCCAUGACGUGGAAAUUGUUGAAACAUUUGGUUACCCAUCUAGGCCUACAGAAAGGAGACAUUAUGUAAUUAUAGCCCAAUCUCCAUGUCUAUAUGUAAAUGCUCAGCUGUUAGAGUCCUUUGCAAAUGUACAAAUUCUUUCUUUUUUCUAUUGUCCAAUAAAUUUUCAAAUCCAUGGGCCUAGUAGUCUAACUGGUCCAGAGAUGUCUUGUUCUAAUUCAAAUAUUACAUUAGUGUUACUCUACAUAGCCUAUUAGACUAGGAAUACCAAUAACUCAAUAACAAUGCUUGUAAUAUAAUAAUGCAAUAAUAACAGUUUAAUAAAGGUGCCUACAAUUAAUAACAUGUAAGGGUUUGUUUUUGGUGGGGAGUAGGCCUGGUUUUGAUUCUGGGAAGGCAAGCUCGGCGUCCUUUUGUAGCCUAGUUCUGAAUAGAAAUUUACGCACUGUACCCAAAUAUAGCCAAUGGCCCAUUGAACAGCAGGUGGCGCGCAGCCCUUCUUGGUUACUUGUAACCUUUUCAGCCCCUCCCUCAUUUUCUUGGCUGUCUACCUUUUUAUUUCUGCAAAGUCUCGAUUGGUUGGGCUGCACUGAUUGGAGAGCCGAAAGAGUUACGCACAUAGUGAGAACGUUCGCCCUGUCGGAGGCACCGCCAAGGGGACUAUCAAAGCUUUGGGAAAAACAAUAACGCUGGAUAAGAUUCCCAGGAAUAUUGUUUGGAUUUCGAUUGGCAGCGUGAUUAAUGUUUUGGCGAUUUUGGCGUGUCUGAAAGCUCAAUGACCGCUGUAUGACGUUUUCUCCGGAGAGGUAAACGGGAAUUCCGGAUACUUUGUGCGGGGAUGUCUUUCCGGUUGUCGGGGAAAGUUUGUUGAUUUCGCUGUAGCGAGGUAUUCCAGGAAUCAUUUACAGAUUUGGGGUUGUCAUAAAAUCAUAGUGCUUACAUCACCCUCCACGGGACUGAAGACGCUGGGAUACCAUGACCUCAUUUCUGCAUUAUCCAUUUGGCUUCCCUGUAAGGGUCAGGAUCCAGUGAGGGAUAGACCCACUCAACACGUCAUCUUCACUUCACUGUAACACAUAACGCUACUCAACAACACAGACAAAGAUACAACUGUCAGGAUGGUGAAAACGCUUCUCAUCUUCAUCACAGUUUUGGGGGUUUGCAUUGUAUAUGCACUCCCUGCUGAAGGUGGGGGGCAGAACCCAGACUAUGUGCUACAGGGCACAGGUGUGAAGCCGGAGCUAAAGCGGCCCCCAGCUGCCGACGGCUCCACAGUGGCUCCCGAGGAUGCCGAGCGCUUCCUGACCUGCUACUGCUCCGGCUACUGCCCUGACGAUGCGGUCAACAACACCUGCAUGACCAAUGGACAGUGCUUUGCCAUCGUCGAAGAGGAUGAAUAUGGAGAGAUCCUCCUGACCUCUGGCUGCAUGAGAUACGAGGGUUACCAUUUCCAGUGCAAGGAGUCCACUGCCCAUGUGAGAAGGACGAUUGAGUGCUGCCAGUCUGACUUUUGCAACAAAGAUUUGCAGCCCACACUACCGCCCCCAGUCAUCCCUGAGCCACUGUUUGGCAGUGCCCACUGGCUGGCCUUCCUCAUCUCUGUGACUGUUUGCUGUUUUACGCUCAUCGCCAUCACACUCAUCUGCUACUUCAGGUACAGAGUGCAGAUGGAGCAGCGUCAGUUUGAGAGAGACCUGGAGCAGGACGAGGCCUUCAUCCCACUGGGAGAGUCACUCAAAGAGCUCAUCAGCCAGUCGAGCACCGGCAGCGGCUCUGGACUCCCCCUGCUGGUCCAGCGCACCAUUGCUAAGCAGAUCCAGAUGGCUCGGCAGAUUGGCAAGGGUCGCUAUGGGGAGGUGUGGCUCGGCCGCUGGCGUGGGGAGAAGGUGGCCGUGAAAGUCUUCUUCACUCGCGAGGAGGCCAGUUGGUUCAGAGAGACUGAAAUCUACCAGACGGUUCUCAUGAGGCACGAGAACAUUCUAGGUUUCAUAGCAGCAGAUAUAAAAGGCACGGGAUCUUUCACACAGCUCUUCCUGAUCACGGACUACCAUGAGAACGGCUCGCUGUACGACUAUUUGCGGGCCUCCACUCUGGACUCCGAGGCUCUGCUGAGGCUGGCCUACUCUGCGGCCUGUGGGCUUUGUCACCUGCACACAGAGAUCUACGGCACUCAGGGAAAGCCGGCUAUUGCCCACCGUGACCUGAAGAGCAAAAACAUCCUCAUCAAGAAGAAUGGAACGUGUUGCAUCGCCGACCUCGGAUUGGCCGUCAAAUACAACAGUGACACAAAUGAGGUGGACUUGCCGCCAAGCACUCGUGUGGGCACGCGUCGCUACAUGGCACCUGAGGUCCUUGACCAGAGCCUGAACAAGACCCACUUCCAGGCCUUCCUCAUGGCAGACAUCUACAGCUACGGCCUCGUCGUCUGGGAGAUUGCACGUCGAUGUGUGACAGGAGGUAUAGUGGAGGAGUACCAGCUGCCAUACUGGGACAUGGUGCCGUCAGACCCCUCCUUCGAGGACAUGGUGUGUGUGAAGGGCUUACGGCCAGCUUUGUCCAACCGCUGGAAUGGCAAUGAGUGCCUACGCGCCGUUCUCAAGCUGAUGUCCGAGUGCUGGGCUCACAACCCCGCCUCACGCCUCACAGCCCUGCGGAUCAAGAAGACCCUGGCCAAGAUGGUGGAAUCUCAAGACAUUAAAAUAUGAGGACUUCUCGAGUGCCAUUGCCGGACGCUAUGGUGUUAGACAUGGCAUGCCCAAACAGGCAGCUUGGUCCCACCAGCCACUUAUACAUUGACACAGAGAAACCCAGAGCAUAUUGCUCAUGGAUAUGUUGUGAGAGAGUGGUCUGCAUACGGGGCAUAUGCCACCCCAAAACCUAUUUUACUAAUAUACAAAUGGCAAAGUUUCGAUGAACUAGGGGGAUCCUCCGCUCGUGAUGUGGGACACCAGAGCAAAGUGCAGAGAAGAUGGAGUUGGCGCUCUCACCAGGUCGAUUCACUCAGGCUGACCCAGGUGGCUGACUCACUUGGUUGGUUGUUCCUUGUGCAUGACGGGACGUGAGGCGCCGUCAGAAAGACUAGCUCUUUGGCCAAAAAGGAAGGCGACCAUCAUAAGAAUGAUAUUCUUUACAGCCAAUAACCUCUCCCUUCGUUUCUCCUCACUCUUGGUCCUCUCUUCAACAAGGAAGAGCACAUGGUGCUUUCUGUGAAAGCCAAAGAUUUGUGAGGAGGAAUUGUUGCCCACAGGUCUAAACAGUUCUACAUGUUCAACACGUUCAACACAAGCAUUGGGAGAAAAAAAAGUUUUCGAGUGAAAGACAAAAUACUGUAAUGUUUGCUUCUCUCGGCAAACUAGUAUCAAUGGACACUCUCUCCUCAACAUUUUUCAGUAAAUAUAAAAAUAGACAUUUGGUUGAAACAAAUGCAUUAUUGAUAUAUAUUUUACAGCUAUUUAAGAAUUAAUCCUGUAAAAACGUAACUUGUCUGCCAUGUUUUUGUUCAAUAGUUCCAUUUUAUCUGUGUGUGUG